AGGCACGCCACCCCGUUGGUCACUCCCACGGCUCACUCCCUCCUCCCCCCUUCCCCACCUCAGCUGCUCGGCAGCUCGGCUCACCUCACCGCACCGCCUAGGAAGCUUCCAAGUAAAAUAAUGUCAGGCUCCAGCUCCACCGCCUGCUGCCGCUUCCCCGUGCUCCUCGUCCUGCUCCUCUUCCUUCUCUUCGCCGGCGAGAGCCGCGCUCAGCCCGCCGCCGGCGACCACGACACCCUGCUUGCCGUCAAGAAGGAUUGGGGCGACCCCCCGCAGCUCAAGUCCUGGGACCCCGCCGCCGCCCCCGACCACUGCAACUGGACCGGCGUCACCUGCGCCACUGGCGGCGGCGGGGCCGUCACGGGAAUCACCCUGUCCCGCCUCCACCUCACCGGCUCCGUCCCGGAGUCCGUAUGCGCGCUCAAGAGCCUCGCCCGCCUCGACCUCUCCUACAACAACCUCACCGGCGCCUUCCCCAGCGCCGCGCUCUACGCCUGCGCGGCGCUUAGCUUCCUCGACCUCUCCAACAACCAGUUCUCGGGGGCCCUCCCGCGCGACAUCGACGGCCUCUCGCCGGCGAUGGAGCACCUCAACCUCUCCGUCAAUGGCUUCGACGGCGAGGUGCCUCCCGCGGUCGCGAGGCUCACGGCGCUCAAGUCCCUGCUGCUCCACACCAACCGCUUCGCGGGCGCGUACCCGGCGGCCGAGAUAAGCAAUCUCGCCGGGCUCAAGGUCCUCACGCUGGCCGACAACUUGUUCGCCCCAGCGCCCGUGCCCGCGGAGUUCGCCAAGCUCACCAACCUCACCUACCUCUGGAUGGACAAAAUGGACCUCACCGGCGAGAUCCCGGAGGCCUUCUCCAGCCUCACGGAGCUUACGGUGUUCUCCUUAGCGUCGAACAAGCUCACCGGCUCGAUCCCGACGUGGGUGCUGCAGCACGCGAACCUUCAGAACAUCUACUUGUACAACAACAGCCUCUCCGGCGAGCUGGCCUCAAACGUCACGGCGAUGAGCUUGGUUGAGUUUGACGUGUCGACGAAUCAGCUCACCGGAGAGAUACCGGAAGCCUUCGGCGACCUCAAGAACCUCACCUUUCUAGCUCUUUACAGCAACAAGUUCACCGGCGCGAUCCCAGCGACCGUCGGGCUGCUACCGCGGCUCAGAGACAUCCGGAUACAGGACAACCAGUUCUCCGGCGAGCUCCCGCCGGAACUCGGGAAGCACUCUCCGCUUGCCAACCUCGAUGUGGGCAACAACGACCUCUCCGGCCAGCUGCCGGAGGGGCUCUGCGCCAGUGGAACGCUCUACAACAUCGUCGCCUUCGACAACAGCUUCUCAGGCGAAUUCCCAGCGAAGUUCGGCGACUGCGUCACGAUAAACCACCUCAUGCUCUCCAACAACCGCUUAUCCGGCGACUUCCCGGCGAAGGUAUGGUCGUUCCCGAAGCUGACCACGGUGAUGAUCCAGAACAACAGCUUCACUGGCACUCUGCCGUCCGAGAUUUCCUCCAAGAUCUCACGAAUUGAGAUGGGAAACAACAUGUUCUCGGGAUCCGUCCCGACGUCGGCAACGGGGCUGAAGGUGUUCCACGCGGAGAACAACCGGCUGGCCGGCGAAUUGCCGUCUGACAUGAGCAAGCUCGCCAACCUUACUGAUCUGAUUGCACCCGGCAACCGGAUCACCGGCUCCAUUCCGACAUCGAUCAAAUUGCUGCAGAAGCUCAAUACGCUGAACCUGAGCGCCAACCGGAUUUCCGGCGCGAUACCGCCGGGGAGCAUCGGGACGCUCCCAGCACUGACGACGCUUGAUCUGUCCGACAAUUUGCUCACCGGCGGCAUCCCAUCAGAUAUAAGCAACCUGAUCGACGCGCUCAACCUGUCAUCGAACCAACUCACCGGCGAGGUGCCGGUUCUGCUCCAGAUCGCGGCGUACGACCGCAGCUUCCUCGGCAACCCCGGGCUCUGCGCGAGGGCGGGCUCGGGCACAAACCUCCCGACGUGCCGGGGCGGCGGCAGAGGCGCCCACGACGUGCUGUCCAAGGGCCUGAUCAUCCUCUUCGCGAGCAUCGCCGGCGUCGUUUUGAUCAGCAGCAUCGGCAUCGCCUGGCUGCUCUUCCGGCGCCGGAAGGAGAGCCAAGAGGUGACGGACUGGAAGGUGACGGCGUUCACUCAGCUGGACUUCACCGGGUCGGACGUGCUGAGCGACAUCCGCGAGGAGAACGAGAUCGGCAGCGGCGGGUCCGGGAAGGUGUACCGCAUCCACCUCGGCCGCGACGAGGAGGGCGCCGGCAGGAUGGUGGCCGUGAAGAGGAUUUGGAACCCGAGGAAGGUGGACGAGAAGCUGGACAAGGAGUUCGAGUCGGAGGUGAAGGUGCUGGGCAGCAUCCGGCACAACAACAUCGUGAAGCUGCUCUGCGGCAUCUCCAGCCAGGAGGCCAAGCUGCUGGUCUACGAGUACAUGGAGAACGGCAGCCUCGACCGGUGGCUGCACCACCGGGGCCGCGAGGGCGCGCCGGCGCCGCUGGACUGGCCGACGAGGCUGGCCAUUGCCGUCGACGCGGCCAGGGGGCUCAGCUACAUGCACCACGACUGCUCCCAGCCGAUCGUGCACCGUGACGUCAAGUCCAGCAACAUCCUGCUCGGCCCGGACUUCCAGGCCAAGAUCGCCGACUUCGGGCUCGCCCGGAUGCUUGCCAAGGCCGGCGAGCCGGAGUCCGUGUCGGCCAACGGCGGGACGUUCGGCUACAUGCCUCCAGAAUACGGGUACAUGGCAAGGGUGAGCGAGAAGGUGGACGUCUACAGCUUCGGCGUCGUCCUGCUGGAGCUGGCGACAGGCAAGGUCGCCAACGACCGCGGCGCCGAGCUGUGCCUGGCGAAGUGGGCGUGGCGGCGGUACCAGGAAGGCCCUCCGUUCGACGACGUCGCCGAUGUCGAGAUCCGGGACGACACGGCCUGCCUGCAGGACGUCGUGUCCGUGUUCACGCUCGGCGUGAUUUGCACCGGGGAGGAACCGCAGGCGCGGCCGUCCAUGAAGGAUGUCCUGCACCAACUCGUACGGUGCUGCCGGGUGCCCGCAGAGGCGGAGACCUGCAGAGUGGAGUAGCAGGCUGCUAGCAGCUCAUCGAGGCGCCGAAUGCAGCAAGCGCCGGAGGAGCAACUGAAACAAUACCUCCCGUACAUCGAAAGUUUUAUGGCGGGCCGCGAUUCUUAGCUCGAGCCCGCCCAACACAUUGGCCAGCUAUUCGUUUUGUUGACUAGCUCUUGCCUUGGUCGGCAUAAAUAAUGGCGGGCCAAAUUAUGAUUGGCCAGCUCCUGAUUGGGUAUUUAUAUGAAAGAACAAAAUUCAAACACCAAAAUAAAGUUUUGGUGUGCGGAGCUCCCAUUGAGACCAUGGUACUAAGGCUAGGCAUCCCUAAAUAUUUGUUCAUGUAGUUUACACUUCAAUUAUAUGGGUCAUGGAAAAAUAAUUUGCAUGCUUUCGGAUGCUCGAUGCAUACAUAAGGAAUGAAAAAAAUUAGUAUGUAAUAGAUUCUUAGGCAUAUUGAUUUUCAACAAGAUGUUUUUCUUCUUUGGUUGGCCCCCCCUAUGUCUAAUUCCUGGCUCCACCACUGCCUCCAUAUGUCUGAACCGCUUCUGUAUAAAUAACGGUUGCCUCCCAUCUUCGUUUAUUCAAUGGUGGAAUCUUGACAGUUACACCCUAGAUAAUCUUUACAGUGAUGGUUAUAGUUUUGAUGCUCCUUUUAUGCUGUUGCCUAUGCCCUAUUAAAACAGGGCAAUAGAAUGCUCUUUUACAUCUUAUUUGGCUGCCUGAAUUUAUUGCCCUUAUACCAUCUUUACCAAACAUCUGCUGUUUGAAUCCUCUAGGGUUCCACUUAACAAGGAUUGAAGAAUGGGAUAAGUGAAAUAUCAAUGGUUACAUGAGUGUAGAAAUAAAUGAAUAUUUAUAUUUAUUAUAUGUAGUUGAGUUUUACAACCUGCAUUGUCGAUAUCCUAUUGGUGAUCAAUAGCCGUUACACAGGAUGCACUUUGCUUUGGUGGGACUUGGGAAAAGGAAUGAUUAGCAGCAACAGUUGUCUUCAAGUAUGCAUGGUGUAGAGUAGUGUAGGAAAGAUACUCUUGGUCUUGCAUACCCGUUCCUCAUUGACCACAAUCGAAGUCUAAAUUCAUGCUCACGUGGUGGAGCCCGCUAGGCCGCUAGGCUUGGUUUUUGCCAUCUAAAUGACCAUAUUUCAUAUUACUUCGUUCUGUACAUUGCUGUCAAGUGGCUUCUAGGUCUAAGAUGUAUCUUUUGGAGGUAGGCAAGCCACUGGGAGGGAUAACAUAACAAGUUGUAACAGAUGGUUUUACUGCCGGUAACUGCUUCUAGCGGCUUGUAGAUACCAUACCAGCCAGUAGGUGAUUUAAAGUAGUUCUGAUGUAACCUUGAUGCUAACAGUUUUUAAGGAUAACACAGAUUAUACUUUUGGGGUUUACAUAUGCAAAAAAGACAACAACAUCACUAAACAAA